AGGGUAUGUAACUUUUACCAUCAUUAAACGGUGAUUGUUUUGGUAACAUUCGUUUUGUUAUUGUUUUCCUUUCUUGUACUAGGAAGAGUUCUGUUGAUAGGUUUUAUUGACAGAAUAGAAAAUCAAGCCUGUGAUAUAUUUGUUUUUAUUGUUUAACUCCACAGCACUCCUGAUCGAGCGAAUUUAUGAUCAAAGACAUUUCGUUCGUGAUUGUCCUGUCUUAUGUUUUAAAAUCAAAUUCUAUCUACCGGGUUCUUCCUUUCUUUAAAACAGAUUGAGGUGCAAUGCGAGGGAAAUUUGGCUAAUAUUUCGCCGAUUUAGCGGCCACUCAGAGGCACUCUCUUUGGCUCGGAUGUGAGACAGUAUUGUCAGUCGGCAGAGAUAAAAAUGCGGCUGUGUUAUAUUUUAUGUUUUAUCUGGCCUCAUGUCUUUGGAACACGCUUUGUUAGAAUCGAUUCACGGAAUUCCGGUGGACCUUUGAAACAUUUCUGGCGAAGUACGGGCUUCUGCCCUUCGAAACCACAUGCAAAAGCUUAUAAAUAUGACACGGGGUCUGACAUGAAUCAGAAUUUGGCCUACAUUGGUGCAUUACCAUUCACUGGCAUUCAACAAGUGCGUAUACACUGGUUGUUAGAUCUUGUGCAAGUUACAAAACAACAUCCACUACAAUAUGAUUUCCAUUGGCUUGAUCAACUCAUUGAUAAGCUAUAUAAAAAUGGAUUAAAACCUGGGUUUGAGCUAAUGGGUAGUUUGUCAAAUUUUUUUACUGAUUUUGAAAAUAAAACUCAAGUGGUUUUCUGGCGUGAUCUUGUGAAAGCUACAGCUGAAAGAUACAUAAAGAAAUAUGGAAUAGACUAUGUGAGACGUUGGAAUUUUGAGACUUGGAAUGAACCAGAUUGUCAUGAUUUUGAUGCUGUGAAUAUGACAGUAAAAGGAUUUCUCAAUUAUUAUGAUGCUUCUUCAGAAGGACUAAGAGCAGCUGACAAAAGGUUGAUAUUUGGUGGACCUGGUGAUGGAUGUUUUUAUAAGAAGCAUCAUAAAGGACACAAGAAAUAUGCAAUUGGUCUUUUAGAUCAUGUGGUUCAUGGCACCAACCUUUUUACGGGAAACAGGGAAACACGCAUUGAUUUUAUUUCUUGGCAUCUAAAGGGAGAUGGAAUGGCAAAUCGUAUUCUUAAACUUGAAAAACGUCUUUCUGAAGAAAUUUAUACCAAAUAUCCAUCCUUACGAUCAAAACCUUUCUAUAAUGAUGAGGGUGAUCCUCUGGUUGGUUGGAGCAAACCUCGGUUAUGGCGAGCUGAUGUUACAUAUGCAGCUUUGGUGGUGAAGGUAAUUGCCCUCCACCAACAAAGAAAGUUUCUGAAACACAUCAAUUUCACUUUAUUGAGCAAUGAUAAUGCAUUCUUAAGCUAUUAUCCACACCAGUUUACUCAGCGCACUCUGCUUGCCAGGUUCCAGAUGAACAACACAAAACCACCGCAUGUGCAGUUUGUGCAUAAACCAGUAUACUCUGCUAUGAUGCUGUUGGCUUACCUUGGCGACAGAAAACUGUAUGUCAAUAUUACUAAACAUCAUGUCUAUAAUAUUUCAACUCAUGAUUUUGGAGGAAUUGGCUCAAUUCAUUAUCCUGUGGCAUCUGCAGUGUCAGACAGCUUCCAGGUAUGUUUAUUGUUGUAUAAUGCCACUGAUCCAGGACCAGGAGAGCUAGAAGAGAGAAAUAUCAAACAAGAUGGAGAAAGCGUAGAAGUUAAAAUAUUCAUUGAUCCUCCAGUUUCCCAAAGCAGAGAUCUCUACAUGAUAAUAUUCAAGAUUAACAACAGCUAUGGGAAUCCUUUUAUGCUAUGGAAGAAGAUGGGUAAACCUUCUUACCCAACCAAGGAACAAUUUCAUGCUAUGCGUCAACAGGAGGGACCGAAUGUCAUAGACAAAAGUGCUGUAAAGCCUGGAAUUAUCACAGUGAAACUACAAUCCUUUGUGGCUCCAGCCUUACUACUUGUCCAUAUCUGUUCAAAAGCACCACACCCGCCAGGACAGGUAUCGGCUGUCCAAGUGUAUAAAGUAACUUUUGGCCAGGUGUUAGUGGUGUGGUCUGAUAAAUUCAUUGGAACAAAAUGCAUCUUGCGAUAUGAAGUAGAGCUAUCAAAAUCAGACACUGAAAGUCAGUACAGACGAAUUAAUCAACAAGAUUCUGUGGUGAAUUCUUUUAUGUUUGUGCCUUCAGGAAAUAAUUCUACAUUGGUGACAGGAUAUUACCGUGUUAGAGCAGUGGACUACUGGAAUCGUCCAGGACAAUAUUCAAAACCAUUUUAUUACCCUUCUUAAAUUUACCUGAACCUUCAUUUUCUCACAUUUCUACAUUGAAUUUCAUUGUCCUUACCUCUAAAAUUAUAUUUCAAAUGUAUGAAUAGACUUCAAAAUAUAUUUUCACAUUAAAAAUCUAUCAA